AUCUUUAUCAUUUUUCUCAUCUGUAUUCCAGUGUCCUUACCCAUAUCCAAAGACUACACCCACUUUUAACAACUCUCUGCUAUUAUACUUUUCACAACUAUUAAGCCUUCUCCCAUCUCUUUCUUGCAGAUAAUUAGCACCCAGCUCAGACUUCUUUUAAUCCAUAUUAUCCUUCUUGUUGGAGACCUUAAUUACAAGCCUGAGAAUCUCAUUCCUGUUCUUGAUUCUUAAAUUGGGUUUAAUCUCUUACCUUAUUUUAGUGCUCAGAAGGAUGCUUUUUUCUUGUUCUUUUGCCCAAUAACUAAAAGGUUCAUCUCUGUCAGUCUCUGCUUAAAAGCAGAUCAUCAACAACCAAAAGCAAGAAACCACAAAGGUAACACUUUUCUGCUUCCCCUUUUCAUCUCUCUCUUGAAGCAUCAAAAUCCAUCAAUUCUCUCGUCUUUAAAAGGAAAAAGAAAUAAAUAAAAAUCCUCCAUUGCAAGCCUGUACAGCACAAUUGGAAUGAACUCUUUGCUUUCAUUUCCCUUUGUGGUUCGAUUUGAUCCCAAGAAGUCUUGGAGCAAUGAAGUCUACCUCCAGCUUAUUUGCAUAAGUUCACCAGAGAAGCUCUAAAGCAGUUGCAUAAGACCAAGAGGGUAUUCCAGUAAAAUUCAAAAUAAUCUGCAGAAAUGGCAACUCUUCCUCAUCGUCCUCACCGGCUGCUCCUCAAUACAGAACCAAGUACACCAGCAGCACCAGCAAAUGGAAGCGGAAGCCGCAACAGCUACAGUAGCGAGGCCAAUUUUGACACAAACAUGGUGAUCAUUUUAGCAGCUCUGCUUUGUGCAUUAAUAUGUGCACUUGGACUAAACUCAAUAGUGCGUUGUGCCUUAAGAUGUAGCAGAAGGUUUGCUUUUGAUGAGACUCCUGACGAAGCUGCCGCUCGUUUAGCAGCAACUGGGCUUAAAAAGAGUGCAUUGAGACAGAUCCCAGUAGUCAUUUAUGGGGCUGCAGGGAUUCACAUAAUAGCCACAGACUGUGCAAUUUGCCUUGGAGAGUUCUUGGAUGGUGACAAAGUGAGAGUUUUGCCAAGAUGUAGUCAUGGGUUUCAUGUAAGAUGUAUAGAUACUUGGUUGGAGUCACAUUCCUCUUGCCCAACUUGUAGACAAUCAUUGCUUGAACAACCAGGAGCAAGUUCUGAUGGUGCGGAAGCUGGUACUGAUGCUGCUGGGAUCAGGAUUCAUGGAAAUGGAGCAGCAGUUCAAAGUGAUGUGACAAUGGCUGCAGACGAGGUAGGUUGAUUCUGCUUUGAGCAGGGUUUUAACACCAAACUACAUCAAAAAAGGAGAGGGGGAAACUGGGUUCUCCUUCAUCUUCUUCAUUCCAUUAAUAAUUAAUGUAUACAUUAUUCUUCAAAUGUUGAGUUGUUUGAUGUAAUUAUGUGUUCUUAUAGAGGUUUCUAAGGGAAAUCUUUGUUUGUACAUGUUUAAUGGGUGAAGGAAAUGGUGCUUAUUUAACUAGUAGGUUUGUUCUUUGUUUGUGUUAAA